AUGGAGAUCACGACCAUACUGAAUAGAAAAGCUUCCGCCUUCGCUGCAGACCCCCAUCUCCAAGCACAACUCGCCCAAGCCGUUCAAUUCCACGCCCAAGAAAUGAGUGAACACCCAUCCCAACCAGGCGACCAUGCCGUUCUCGGCUAUCCGCCUGGCACCCAGCCUAUCCAUCAAAUGUCCCACGUUCCGCCUCAAGGAAUGCACCACCCAGGAAACGGCGUGCCGUUGAUGCCAAACCCCUACAUGCAUGGCGGCUUCCCUGGCAAUCCACAGCAAAUGGCCCCUGCGCCACAACCUGUGCAACCAACUCGGUCGGGCACAGAACCCGCUCCCCGUAUAUUCCACUGUUCAACCUGUCAAAAAGGCUUCGCUCGCCGUAGCGAUCUUGCCCGUCAUGAACGGAUUCACACUGGCGUCCGACCUCAUGCGUGCGAGUGGCCUGGCUGCGGUAAACAGUUCAUCCAGCGCUCUGCGCUAACAGUCCAUUCGCGUGUUCAUACAGGCGAAAAGCCGCACAUGUGCGAGCGUUGUGGAAAGCCAUUCAGCGAUUCCUCGUCUCUAGCCCGGCAUCGUAGGAUCCAUUCUGGCAAGCGGCCGUACAAAUGUCCUUAUGCCAACUGCCAGAAAACCUUCACCCGCCGCACUACUCUCACCCGUCACCAGAACCAUCACACUGGAACAAUCGAGGAAGCUGCGGCCCAAACCGAGGCCAGCUUACGACAAAACAAGGAAAGGGGGGGUCGGCCUGGUGAUGGCAUGUACUCGGAGACAGGAUCUGGCCAGUCUACGCCUUCUCCUGGGCAGCAGAUGUCGAUGGGCCUCAACAGCGAACUUCCACCGCUGAAUGUGCUCCGUCCUAGUGGUGAAUAUUACCUCACCAACGGAUCGAUCCCGCCCCAUGUGCGUGGAGACUUCCAACAAGGUAGUCCCCGCGCUUCACCUACUGCAACGUCUCCGUCUUUGUCAAGCUACAGCGGCCACCCGCGACCAUCAAUGACGUCUCAUCCAACUGGAUAUGGACCACCUCAGCCCCUUGAACCCCCGGCCAACACCGACCACCGACCAGGUAGUGUCACGGGGAGUCCGCACAUGUCUAGUAUGGGCUGGGCGUCACCUUCUCACGGCAGCAUCCCGUCUCCAGGCUCUGCUCAGGACUACAACUACCCAGAGCAGAAUGGACCAGUCUAUCCAAAUGCCAUGCCGCCUCACAUGUACUUUCCCAAUUCUACCAUUCGACGACCAGGCAGCACGGAGCCUGAGAACUACGAAAUGAAGCCAAGAAUUGGGGACGCAUGGUCCACAGCGGUUUAA